AUGAACGCUCUCCGACAGCUCAACAGGGCCGCUGGCCUUGUCCUCCCUAACUUGCCUCAGGCUCUCCGACCUGCCACCACCCUCGCUGCUGGUACGCCCAAAAUCUCCAAGGGCCCCACCAAGUAUGGCGGCGUCUACACCGUCACUUUGAUUCCCGGCGAUGGCGUUGGUGUCGAGAUCACCGACUCGGUCAAGGAGAUCUUCGAGGUGACCAACGUGCCCGUCGAGUGGGAGCAGUUCAACGUUUCCGGCGAGACCCACGGUUCCGAGUCGCUCUUCAAGGAGGCUAUGGAGUCGCUCAAGCGCAACAAGGUCGGCCUUAAGGGCAUCCUUUUCACCCCUACCGAGACUGGCUCGCACAACUCCUGGAACGUCGCCAUGCGCCAGCAGCUCGACAUCUACGCCUCCCUCGUCAUCUGCAAGUCGCUCCCCGGCUACCCCACUCGUCACAAGGACGUCGACUUUGCUAUCAUCCGAGAGAACACCGAGGGUGAAUACUCGGGUCUCGAACACUCUUCCUACCCUGGUGUCGUCGAAUCGCUCAAGGUCUCCACCCGUGCCAAGGCUGAGCGUAUCUCUCGUUUCGCCUUCGACUUUGCCCUCAAAAACGGCCGCAACAAGGUCACCUGCGUUCACAAGGCCAACAUCAUGAAGCUCGGUGACGGUCUUUUCCUCAACACUUUCCGUCGUGUCGCUGAAGAGUACAAGUCGAGCGGUAUCGAGUCGAACGACAUGAUCGUCGACAACACCUCCAUGCAGCUCGUCUCGCGUCCACAGCAAUUCGACGUCAUGGUCAUGCCCAACUUGUACGGUAACAUCGUUUCCAACAUCGGUGCUGCUCUUGUCGGUGGUCCCGGUAUCGUUCCUGGUUGCAACAUUGGCCGUGAGUUCGCACUUUACGAGCCUGGUUGCCGUCACGUCGCCAAGGACAUUAUGGGUACCAAUGCUGCUAACCCCGCUGCUAUGAUCCUCAGUGCCACCAUGAUGCUUCGUCACCUCGGCCUCGACACCCAGGCCAACCAGAUCGCCGAGUCGGUUUACAAGGUUAUUCACGACGGCAAGGUCCGCACGGCUGACAUGGGCGGCAAGAGCAAGACCCACGAGUUCACCCAGGCUGUUCUCUCCAACCUUUGA